AUCAUUCUUCAAUCUCAAAUUCUAUAUUAGUAAAAAUCAAUUUUUUACAUUAAAGAAAGAAAAGUAGAAGUAGUAAUUCUGCAGAGGAAAAAGAGUCAGAACUAAAUUUGAGGCAGAUCCAGAUAAAGAAGCUUCAUCUGCAGCUUCAAUAUCUCUCUCUCUCUCCACCAAACAAGCUAGCAAGAUAAUAGAAGUUUCGAGUUGUAUGACGAACAGAGAAGAAGAAACUUCCGGAUCCGUCACCGUGGGCAUCCAAUCACGGCGGCGCAUGCUGCACAGAGUGCCAAUACAGUUGCGACAAGACAAAAAGCAAAUCUAUGAGCCAGUAGUGGUGCCCCUCGGCCCCUACCACCACCGCCUGCAUCCACAGUCGCAUCUAGUGGAGCCACUCAAGGAUGAGCUACAGGAUAUAGUUUGCGGGGACGCUUCCCGCAAAGGCUUCCUACUGAGUAACAUAUCUGAGCGGAUAGAUGAAAUCCGCUAUUUCUAUGGCGGAGCAGAUGGCUACGCGGACGGGGAGUUGGCUGAAAUGAUGCUUCGCGACGCCUGCUUCCUCAUAUGCUACAUCGGAGAAGAUGAAACAUACAACCUAAUUUGCCAACGCCUGGGAAUGUCUGGGGUAUUGUUCAUGUUCCGCGAUAUGUUUAUGCUGGAGAAUCAGGUUCCGUUAUGGCUCAUCUCCUUAAUUCACCCGGAUCACGAUUCAUUGUUGUGCCAGUACUUGAGCUACAAUAUUUUUGGGGAUGACAGGUUGACACAACUUCCAUGGGCGGAUGGGAGAGGGGAAGAGCCUCUUCAUUUACUCGAAGCUAUGCAUGGCACUAGCUUCAUCCUCGACGAGACACAAGAAAAUUCGAGCAAUCUCUUGCGGCUUGUCAAACAAUGUAAUAAUCUCAACACAAGGAAGCAAGGCUCAAGAACUAACUGGCAAAUGAUGAACACUCCCUUUUGGUCGGCGACUGAUCUGAAAGCAAAGGGCGUUCAUUUCAGGCGGAGUUCGUAUUGUCUGACGGAUAUCAAGUUCGAAUCCUUUGCAUGGUAUGCGGAACUCCACCUUCCUUUCUUCUACAUCACCUACAAUAGCAAAGUAUUCUUCUCGAAUGCUAUUGCAUUCGAGAUGUCGCCUGAGACGGAUACAAACAUGGGUGUGACGGCUUACUUUAAUUUCAUGAAAAUUCUGAUCAACAAUGCUGGAGAUGUAAAGGUGCUGCGGGAGAAAGGCAUACUGUACAGCAUGUUGGCGAACGAUGAAGAGGUGGUUGAAAUGGUUAAGAGCAUCGAUACUUAUGGAUUCCCGGACGAUUGCGUUUUUAGUGAUGUGAAUAUGAGGAUUGAGAAGCACUGCACUAGCAAAGCAAGGACAUGGAUGGCCGAACUAAUCAACACCAAUUUUCGGAGCCCAUGGUCUGUAAUAGCUCUUGCGGCCGCCACUUUUCUGCUAUGCCUCACUUUUAUACAAACUUACUUCACAAUCAAUCCAACCAAUUAAACACUUUUGCCACUUGAUUCCAUCUUCUAUUGCAGGUGUAUGUAUGUAUGUUUGUAAUGUUACUUCCAUUGGGAGAGCCAAACUUAGCUUGUUUGUCUACAUCUCAAUUUCAUGUUUUAUUUUUAAGUUUGGAAUAUAUUGUUUGUAUUUAUAUAA